GACGAUCACCAGACCUCAUCGCAGGUUGGAGGGUGAGCAGCCUCAUCCUCCAUCCCAACGCGCAGAGGGGAGGGAUACCUUGGGCUGGGGGAAUUUUUUUGUUUUUUUUGUUUUUUCUUGCGCUUAUUUCUGGACCUCUUUUCUCCGCCCUGGCCGCUGCCGCCGCUGCUGUAGCCGCGGCGUCGGACACCAGCACGGAGGGAGCAGAAGCCAUAAGAUGAAGAAACGCUAUGUGGACGCGAACAGGCUCCGGAAGACGAGAAGACUGAAAAUCACGGAGAAGCUGUCUGAGAGUGCGUACACCUUCCUGAAAUUUAUGGUGAUGUGGACGCUGGUGCUGCUGGCAGACUUCAUCCUUGAAUUCAGACUGGAGUAUUUGUGGCCAUGCUGGCUGUUCUUCGGGAGUGUGUACACCACUUUUCACUGCCACGGGCUGGUUAUUUGUGUUGUUUUUGUUUGUGCUGCCUUCACGCUGGACAUCUUUUGUUUAAUUUUUGUUCCUUUGCACUGGCUGUUUUUCGUGGCGAGCACCUACGUGUUGUUCAAUUAUAUAUGGCACACAGAGAAGGGCAUCUGUAUAUCGACGGUGUCCCUGUGGAUUCUGCUCGUCUACACCGAGGCUUCGCUUCGGCUCAAAGAUCUUAAUACCUCUCAUCCCAACCUGUCUCAUCUUUUCGCCGCACACUGCAUUGGCUAUCCUGUUGUUUAUCUGGGAUUCGACGCCACCUGCUACUUCACCAACAUUUUUAAGCUGCGCAUACAGAAAGCCGUCCAGAGCGAGAAUGACUUUCACAUGCACCUCCUGCAGCACUCGCUGCCGCCAGGCCUGCAGGUUUACUCCAAGGCGAGCGCAGAUGGCAGCAGCAGCGGCUCUAAAUGGAAAAUCAAGCCCGAGCCGGGUCAGUACCAGUGUCAGAACGGCGCCGUGGUGGCGCACGACGACGCGCACAGCGCCGACUGCCUGCAGAUCCGCAGCGAGGAGAGAGCGAGCGAGAAGGCAUCACAGGAGGUGAGGUCUGCCGAGUCCAACCGACGGCCGCCACAACCACCGCCGCCGCCGUCGUCGUCAUCAUCAGCAUCCAAGAACGUUGCGGCUGAGUCCAAAGACCAGCUUCACAGUGGGGAAGGAGGACCGGAGCCAUCCCCGACCCCAGAAAAUCUACCUCAGGAGGAUCAGGGAAGCAAAGCCACUCGAGCUGCCAAGGGCUCCUCCCCAAAAGCCCGCAGAGGCAGCACGAACACUCCUUCGCCUCCUGCAGGGAGGGCAGAGAAGAAACAGAGGACAAGCUCGAAAACAAUCAGCCCCAACAGGGACGCAGCGGACAAGAGCACCACGGCGACGCAGAACUACCACGCUGAACAAAUAAGCAAGCUCGAAGCAGAGCUGCGGAGGCUGAAGGGCGAGCUGCAGACGAGCAGGCAGAGCGAGCAGGAGCUACGAAGCCACAUCUGUAACCUGACCAACAGCGAGAGGAGCCUGAGGCCAGAGGUUUCUCUCCUCAGGCAGUCCAACAUGCUGCUGCAGAGCAAGAUUCUGUGCUUGACUAAAACCAAGCAGAGGGACAAACAGACCUCGGCGCUGCUGGAGAAGAAGACCCGGUCCGAAGCAGAGGGCAGACUGUCUGCUGAGAAGCAGCUGGCUGAGCUCCAGGCUCAGAAACUGGAGGAGGCGGCGAGCGCAGCGCGGACCCUGACUAACAGGCAGGAACACUGUGAAACCCAAAUGUUGAGGAAAAGGGUUAAAGAUCUAGAAACAGAGUACAAACAACUGCAGCUGGAGUAUCAAGUGAAAGAGAGCCGUGUGGUAGAUCUAGAGAGAGAUAUCGAGGCAUUGGGGAAGUACCGCUGCGUGGAGAAAGAGACAGACAUGCUGCUCUCCACCUUAUCAGCCAUGCAGGAGAAAGCACAACAUCUGGAGUACAACCUGAGCGCAGAGACGCGCAUCAAGCUGGACCUGUUUUCGGCUCUGGGAGACGCCCGCAGACAGCUGGAAAUUGCUCAAGAUAAAGUGAAGAAACAGGACAGGGAGAUCCGUGAAAUGAAGCAGAAGAUCGCAGAGGUGAUGGCGGUCAGCCCCGGCGUGUCCUACGUGGCUCCGCGGCCCCAGGUACCUCAGUAUCUCACCAAGCUGCUCAACUCUGAGCGCUACAUGCUGAAUCCACGAGCGCUGAUGUACCAGUGUUUGAAAAAAUAAAAAAGACAAAGUGGAUCCUCGAUGCAUCCUCAGCCUUCCUCGCCAGGACCGGAAGAGUUGUUUUUUUUUUUUUUAAAUACAGAGCUAAAAACGACACAGUGAAGACGCCUGCUUCCAGUUACCAGUGGAAACAGUUACAACCCUCCACAAGUCCAAUGCCUUCUGCUGCACUCUUGGUGCUAACUUGAUGUUUUUCAUUAUUUUUCCUGUUUUCCUCCCACAUCAGAGAGUUUCUCUUACAAAAGCGAGGUAUUUUAUAUGCAGAGAUGCUCAAGGCAGUAUCUUAUCCAUCUUCAUUAAAUGAGAGAAGCACAACACCAUGGCUUUUUCAGGCCUUGUUGAUGAGGAAACUUACGGUCUGUCAUUUGAUGUGGAUGUCCAACCGAAAUGACAACAAGAGUAAAAUACAUCGAAGGAAGUAAAUGUUCGAGAUGCCAGACAGAUGCCUAUUUUUUCAUCUGUGGGGAAAAAGAAUUAUGAUUCGUAAAUAUAUUGAAAUUAUCAUAUGAUCAAACCAAACGGUUAAAAAAACACCCUCCACAAUUACUGACGCUCCUACUACUGAUGUGUACAAAGGCUUUAAAAUAACUUGUCAUAUAGAAAAUUUGAAAAUCAUUAAGUUCUAGUUACUUACCUGAAAGUUCUGGGGUCAGUUUUAGAAAGUGGCUUCUUUCAGGGAUUUACGUGAUCUCAGUGUGUACUUUCAUUAAAAGAACAAAAGAAACAAAGAAAGUUCCAGAAAGUAUGUAAUUUCCAGGAUAGUUACUUUUAAGUUCUGGGAGAAAAAGCCUUUACGUUCUGGGAAAGUGUCAUUUUUAUUAUUUAGUAUCACUAGUUUGGAACUCCAAGACAUCAUUCCGCAGUUCUUCAAGAGAAAGUGUUGGAGUCUUUUGCUGUUUUAGUAACAAAAAUAUAAAAAUAAAAAGCUUUCAGUAAAGACUCCUUUCUACACAAAUAAUUCAAUAGCAUACAUAAGGUUAACUCCCUCUAACCCAAGCUGCCACUGAUUGUUUUAAACAAACUUUUUUUUUACAUGACUGUCACAAGUCAGAAUCAUAACACAUGCCCCACAAAUGUGCAUCUUUUAAGCACAUUACGCAACAAUGACCUGAAAAAAAUCAUUACUCAGUCUCUUGUUGUUCCAUGCAGGGGCUCUGUCUGCGCCGAUGAAGACUACAUCACUUUAGCAUGCUGAAUUCUUGAUGUGGCUCCUGUAACAGAGUAGUAAAAACUAUUUUCUUAUUAGUUCAGGUAACAUUUUAACACUUUGGGGGCGUUUACACAUGGGGUACAGAACAUUAAUGUUUCAGCGCUGUAUCUCUAGAGGCAAUCAUGUAUGAAAAAAAAAUUAUUCAGAUCCUUGUGACACAUUUGUCACAAAUGUGCCAGAACUUGAUGCCCCCCCCAAAAAUGUCUCUUUUAUUUAGGUUUUGGAUAUAAAGAAAAUGUACUUUAAGGCCCGUUAACAUUGGUGGCAAGAUGAGAAAAGUAAGGCAGCUUUACCGUCAUCUUCAAUGCGCAUGGUAGUAAGACAAAGUUAGGUUCUCAUCCAGCUGAAUUUGUUAGCGUUCUAGUUUUAAACCGAAUACGAAAAAUUAUCUGACUGUAGAUAUGGGUAACUAUUUUCUUGUAGCUAUUUCCUAACAUAUAAAUAUCAGUACACAUCUGCCUUACUGGAUUGCAAUGCUUUCUUGUUUUACCAAUUUUAAACAGAAGCCUCUGUGUCAGGCCAUAUUUAUACCAUACAUUUAUACCAUACAAAAUGAAUUAAAAGUUCCUAAACCCUCUUAUCAAAUAAAAUAAAGUUCACAUUACAGAAAAACUUCAGUCAAAUUUAUGAUAUUAAUGGUGAAUAACGAUUAUUUAGUAACAGCAGAUUUUUUCCCCAAUGAAUAUUAAUGGUAAUAAUUUCUAAUUUCAAAAGUUGUUUUCUGUGAAAUCAUGAUACUGCACAAAAAUAUAUUUAUUUAAAAGCUUUUUAAACAUCUUUAUCAGGGAUGCUAAUAAAUGUGGAGGCACUGUAUCUGAUGACACUUAUAUGAAUUAUGCUUUAAAGAGUGCAGAAAUUAACAUAAUUUAGCUCUAUUUGAAUUAACUCCAUUGCACUACUAAAUAGUCAAGCUAAAGAAGUAUUUAAAAGUAAAUUAUUUGUCAAGUGAUUCAUUUUUGUCUUCUAAAUAGUUAAUUAGAACAUUCCCAAUUUAGACCACUUGACCUAGCGCAGAAAAAUAAAAUAGUACAGAUGUUAAUCAUAAACUAUCUUCUGACCUAAAGUCCUACUGCAUGUGGGUGAGGGGGAUUUAAGAUAGAGAAACUAAAGCAGCUAAAUGGAAAUUUAGCCAUAAUUUAACUCCAAGUUUACAGCUGUGCCACUCUGAUGUAAACAUAUGUUUUAUGUAUUUAAAAAUUAGUAAAAUUGUUUCAGUUACGAGUAAAAUUAAAAAAAUAUACAUUAUCUGAAUAGUCUGAGUCCAUAAUCAAUUUAGUGGAUGGACUUUCUGUGAGUUUUUGAUUAUGAGAUGUCUUUAUUGGAUAAAAUACAAAUACUGCGUCCAAACGACUUUCUUUAUGCAUAUCUAUGAGAACAUAAAUGUGAUUAAUGACAAAUUCUUUCAAAAAAGAAGCAUGAAACAAGAUGUUCUUGACAGCUUGUGUUGACUGUACAUAGAGAAUUAUUUGGAUUGUGCUGAAAUUCAGAUCAAAGUUUUUUUUUUAAACUAAAAUUACUGUGUUUUAGGAACGACCCUUCAUAUUUGGAAUAUUUCUAACGUAACAGAUGAUAGCUUUGUGAUGAAGCUUCCUGGCUGCAGUCUGGGAGACCCUUUGGAGUAAUUGAUUGUUUCACUGUCGUGGUAACAUGAACAACGAGCUGUUAUCUCUGUUUCAGCAGACCUUUUUUGUUUUGUUUUUUCUGACGCUGGAAGCUCACUUUUAAACUGAGGCGAACUGGACUGACUUUUGAAGUUAAAAGUGAAAAUUGUGUUAACCAAACAUCGCUCACGAAUUUAAUUACCGUGCCUAUAUGCGUUACUUUCAAGCUGGGAAGUAAGACGAGUUUAAUGUGAACGAGUAAUGUGUUUUUGAAGUGCUAUGUACUGUUUUGGUUUGUAUUUAUUUUGUACUCACUGUACAGAAGUGAAAAUUCCCACGCAGCGGAGGAACUCAUGAUUGAGACGUGGCCAUUUUUGGUAGCUUUUUGUUUACAGUGUCUUUCUAGGGUGUUUUAUAUGAAAGCUAUUUUUUAGUCCUCGCUGUUCUUCUAUUUUAACUGCUGUAAUUUUGUACGGCAACGUGUUUUGUCAGCAUGAAAUGUGUUUUACCCGAGUGUCGUUUGAGCGCACAUUGUGAACUUAUGUACAUGAACAUUCUUGUACAAGGGCUAACAUUUGUAAACCAUUUUUGGAUGAAUAAUUGUCGAAUUCAGUGAUGCUCUGAGGUUAGAGGUCACACUCCUGAUACACCAGGAUGUGUUUUUUUUUUUUUGUAUAAAUUAUUUAAACUAUUGAAUUUUUGUCCGA